CUACAGACUGUUGCCACGCGAACGGAAACCAAUCAAAUUAACGGUUUCCGGUUUACAGUUCUUCCAUCUCUGGUAAUUGUUCCUAAUAAAGAACUAAAGCCGAAUACCUGGAGAAGAAGUUUCUCUCUCUCUGAGACCUCGAUCAUUAAAUGGAGCUUGAAGAACAAUGCGAGAAUGCAGUUUUUGAAGUGUGCGAUGCCAGAGAACGAUAUCCUUCUAAAUGUGCCCAAGAACUUGCUAAAUGCAUUGAACUCGAAACUGAAAUAAAUACUGGAACUAUUAAUCUAAAAUCUACAAAACCUCUUAAUGUAUUGAAGCUGUCAAAAGCACAGGAUGACAGACAUCGUGCAGUUAAUGUUGAAUGGAAAACUUAUAGCUGUCAGCAAAUACAAGAUGAAAAGCUACAAAAACUGUUAGAAAAAAUGAAUAAUCUUAAGGCUGUUUUGGAACAAAUCGAGAAAGACAAGUUUAGUGAAAUAAACAGGUUAAUUAAGUAACUUCCUUACAAUUGUGCUUAUACAUAUUUUCUUUUUUUGUAAAUGUGUUAUUAUCUCUUCAUCAAAAUAAAUACUCCUAAUUCCUUACUAUAACUUAUUGAGACUAGUUUAAAAGUAAAACUGACAAAAUUAUGAUGUAAUAUA